CACCUAAUCUACUUCCCUUCUUCCGAUGGUGGCGGCCAUCCAAUUAAAGAUUUAUAUAUACAUGGCCUCACAUGAUAGAUUAGGUAUCAAGUCUUUUACAUCACCUGAUUUUGGCAAACACCAAGCUUGUGAGGCCCAUCAUGUUUUUCAUGUAAAAUCCACUCCAUUCAUUAGGUUUCCUCUUUGAUUCUAGAAUUUUGAUUAAAAAAUCAGUAAGAUCAAUAAAUAAGGUGGGAUAUAAGUUUUUAUUCUGGCUUCGAUAUAUUAUAUGAGUUAGAUUUAUAGAUGUUCAAUUUCAAUCCUUUUUUUUUUUCAUUGUUAAAUUUUGAAUUUUUUAAUUGGGCAGGAGUUGUUGCAAAUGGUGCAAACGCAGAUGUUUCUGUUGAUGAGUACCAUCGCUAUAAGGAAGAUAUUGAUUUGAUGGUAGAUAUGAACAUGGAUGCAUAUAGGUUCUCCAUUUCUUGGUCAAGGAUUUUCCCAGAGGGCACGGGUAAUGUGAACGAGCAAGGGGUUGCUUACUAUAACAAGCUGAUUGAUUAUAUGAUUGAGAAAGGCAUUACUCCUUAUGCAAAUCUCUACCAUUAUGAUCUCCCUCAGGCCCUUGAGGAGAAAUACAAAGGCUGGCUCAGUAGACAAGUUGUUAAAGAUUUUGCAGAUUACGCAGAUUUAUGUUUCAAGAUGUUCGGUGAUCGAGUGAAGAACUGGUUUACAUUCAAUGAGCCACGUGUUGUCGCAAGCUUGGGCUACGAUGAUGGGACCUUUGCCCCCGGGAGGUGUUCGGCGCCCUUUGGAAAUUGCACAUCUGGAAACUCGGCGACAGAGCCAUACAUUGUAGCCCAUAAUUUGAUUCUUGCUCAUGCAGCUGCUGUGCAACGAUAUCGUCACAAGUAUCAGGAAUGCCAGAAUGGGAAGAUUGGAAUUUUGUUGGAUUUUGUAUGGUAUGAGCCUCUCACUAAUAGCACUGAUGACGUUGCAGCAGCCCAAAGGGCAAGAGAUUUCCACCUUGGUUGGUUUUUGCAUCCUAUAAUCUAUGGUAGAUAUCCGCAUAACAUGCGCCACAUCGUAAAGGAGAGGCUUCCAAAAUUCACAAGUAGUCAGGUGAAGAAGGUGAAAGGAUCCAUCGAUUAUGUUGGCAUUAACCAGUAUACCUCAAACUAUAUGUAUGAUCCCCAUGUGAAACCGGCCCAUACUGAUUAUGUUGGAGAUUGGAAUUGCGGAUUUGCAUUUGAUCGUAAUGGUGUGCCGAUUGGACCGAGAGCACACUCAAACUGGCUCUACAUUGUUCCUUGGGGUAUGUACAAUGCUCUCACCUAUGUGAAGGAAACAUACAACAACCCAAUCAUGAUAGUAUCUGAAAAUGGAAUGGAUGAUGCUGCCAAUCUUACACGUUCGGAUAGUGUGCACGAUUGGACUCGAAUCAGUUACUAUAGAGAUUACAUGCUCAAUAUGAAGAAGGCAAUGGACGAUGGAGCGAACGUAAUUGGCUACUUUGCAUGGUCAAUGGUUGAUAACUUUGAGUGGAAGUCUGGCUUUACGUCGAGGUUUGGACUGCACUACAUCGACUAUAAUGACAACUUAAAGCGAAUUCCAAAGAUGUCAGCGCAUUGGUUCCAGCAGCUCCUCAACAAGAAUAAUAGGAACUAAGCACAUGCUCCACGAUGGAGCCCUUUAUCUUUUUAUGCAUGCACCCAUUUUUUAUUUUAUUAAUUUUGGUGUACAUUAUACUAGUGUAUCACCAAAAAGUAGAAAAGAAUAUAGGGCGGAAAUUCAACUUUCCUUUAAUUGGAUUAGGAGUUAAUUACAUUUUCUUAUGAGACAAUUAGAAGUUGGUUAUUUAGAUGGUUUCUAAU